UGUAUUUCUUUUCAAAACGAUUUGAGCAAUUCGAUUAUGAUUUUUGGAGUGAGAUUUCUGUUUGCACAUGUCAAAGAAGGUUAACGGACCAUUUGAUAAAAGGGGCUAUUUUGGCUUUGCUUCAAGAAAAUAUUUUUCUAGACUUUGUAGGCACAAGCUGUUUAUAUUUAUUUCUGUGCUUUUUAGUUGUUUUUGUUAUUUGCGGACAUGUCAAAUGAGGAAGUGGGAUGAUGCUGAAAGCAGCGAGAACAAGAUAUCAUAUUCAUUGCUCUUCGUCGCGUUGAUAUCUAAAUCUUCUGAAUAUGGCGUGAGAAGUGCUAUUCGCAGUUCGUGGCUACAGGGAAAGGGUAGUCAAGUGCAACACAAAUUCUUUUUGGGAGGAGAGAACCUUUCCUCGUUGGAACUCGAGGAGUUGAGAAGAGAGAAUAGAGAAUACCAUGAUAUAGUUGUUCUCAAUAUGGAAGAUACAUACUUCAACUUGACGCUGAAAACGAUAUUGGCCUUCGAUUGGAUAUCCGAAAACGUGAACGCCUCCUUUAUUCUCAAAUCUGAUACAGAUGUUUACAUCAAGGUGGACAGACUGAUAGAGACUUUGAAUGAAGCAACAAAACAAAAUUUUUAUAUGGGGACUCUUGUGAAGUUUGGAUCCUCGAAACCGCUAAAUUUUGAUGGCUGGAAAAACCACCGUUGGUAUACUGCAAUGGAAGAAUAUCCUUUUCAUUUUUGGCCUCCUUAUUUGUUUGGGUUCGCGUAUGUUGUAACUAUGGAUCUUGUACAUGUUAUUGCACAAUGCCGUCCACAAAAUUUGGCUUGUUCAAGCAAUGGAAGCUAUCGUUCAUGUGCAAGUUCGAAUUGUCCAUUUCAACUUGUAAAGUUCGAAGAUGUCACUGUGGGAGGCAUUGUAUUUUUUCAUUCGAACAAAGAUUUACCACAUUCUAUUCUGAACUGUACUGAGAGUAUCUGUCUUAUCGCUGGAAGAGAGUUAACCACUGCUGUGGACAACGAAAAGUUCAUCAAUGAACCUUAUUACUACGGAAAACGAAAGUGCACAGAGUCAUUUUUAGCAAUCCAUCGAAUAAGACCCGAGAAAAUGCUAGCUUAUCAUUCGAAUAUAUCUGCAAAACAAACCGCAAUGAUAUGCGAUGAAGAUUUUAUCCGUUAUUUCUAAAACUUUCUUAUGUCAUUUCGUAGUCUUGUUAGGUCGGUUAUGAAA